AAUUCAACAUUUCUCCGCGUCGUUUAGCUUCAGAGGAGGAGAAUCCGGUGGGAGAGAGAGAUAAUCGUCGGCGAGCUUUUGAUUCAGUCCUCCGAUUAUCAAAGGAAGAAGAAGAAGAAAUGAUUGGGUUGUUUAAAGUAAAGGAAAAGCAAAGAGAACAAGCUCAGAAUGCUAGCAGAGGUGGAGGAGCUUCUGUCAAGAAACAAUCUGCUGGUGAACUUCGUCUUCACAAAGAUAUAUCAGAGUUGAAUCUUCCAAGCUCCUGUACGAUAUCAUUUCCUAAUGGUAAAGAUGAUCUGAUGAACUUUGAAGUCUCCAUUAAACCUGAUGAUGGUUACUACCACAAUGGUACCUUUGUUUUCACGUUUCAAGUGUCUUCUGUCUAUCCUCAUGAAGCUCCUAAAGUUAAAUGCAAAACCAAGGUUUAUCAUCCCAAUAUCGAUUUGGAAGGAAACGUUUGCCUCAACAUCUUACGUGAAGACUGGAAACCUGUUCUUAGCAUUAACACUGUUAUCUAUGGUCUCUUCCAUCUUUUCACGGAACCCAACUCUGAAGAUCCUUUGAACCAUGACGCUGCGCAAGUGUUAAGGGAUAACCCAAAGCUGUUUGAGACCAAUGUCCGUAGAGCCAUGACUGGUGGCUAUGUUGGCCAGACCUUUUUCCCGCGCUGUAUCUAA